AUGAGCGGGACAAGUUGCAAAAACAAACAGCCUUCUUCGUUGUGGAUCCAAGGAGAUUCCCUUUCUAACGUCCACAUUGCACCACAACAUCGUUCUCUCACUAACGAACUCGUUUUUCAACUCUUACAACAUCAUUAUUCGGAAUUUAAUGAAUUAUUCGGAUUAUCAUCCUCUUUGCACCAUCAUCACCCACAACAACAACGGCACCAAGACCAACCACAAGAGAAUACAACAAACACCAUCACCCUAUCCUCUCCAAUUCAUUUAAAAUCACCAACUCCUUCUACGUAUCAUCAUUAUAGUAAUAACAAUCAUCAUAACAAUGACGCCUUUACUAAUCCUUCUACUCCUAGCAUAAAUAGUUCAAAAAAUCAGCAAUCAUCACUGACAGGUGGCCUUUCGGAUGAAAAAUCCAAUCAUUGUCGUGGAUUGUCUCGACAGUCUUCAUUGUCACAUGAAAGCAAUCUUUCGAGUCCUGGAUGGAUCACAGCCAAAGAUUUUGAUCAAGCAGCUGUCAACAGCCCAUCCACGAAAGCAAAUGGAAAGAGUAAUAAUAACGAAGAUCGAAUGUCAAUGCCUCCACCACCACCAAAAAUCAAACAACCGCCAUCUACUCCUACAUCACGAAAUAGCGAAAAUUAUAACUCUUUUUUUGCCAGUUCUGCGAUGAGAAGUGGUGGUGUCGAGUUGUGCAUUCUGUCGAAUGUGACCAACGAAAUGAUUUUCAUUGACCCUCGAUUGGUGAAGUAUUCCACACGGCUUCAACAAAAUGAUCCUCUCACGAAUUCUUCGGAUAAGCCCGUCAAUUCUCAAUCAACAACUGAAUCUCCGUCGAUUAUUGUUUCUCCACGGUUGAGAAUGCAACAUCAUCGAUGGUCUACAUAUUACAAUCAUCCAUUGCAUCGAGAAGAAGAGAAAUCUACUCACUUCGAUCAAGCACUCAUUCGUAAGGGGCAAAGUUUUUCAUCAAGUACUUCAUCCAUUGAUACAUCAAGUGUGACAAUGUCACAUGGCAAUCCAACGACUCAUGAUGAUAUAGACGCCACGUCACAAGGAAAACCUUCUGACACCACCAUUUCAACAAUUGAAAAUUCUUCAUUUCUUUCGACUGGAAAACCCUACAAACAUCAUCAUACAAUUAGUAGUUUGAAUAAGAAGGAAUUUCAACAAUUUCUUCCAAGAGUUAGUCUCCCAAAUUAUGGAGAUAUUUCUAGUGUUUUUAAUUUAAAUGCAGAAGUCAUUCAGGAAAUCGGAAUGAUGGAUAGUUCGGUUUCACAUCAUCAACUAGCUGACAUUCUGGGAUAUCAUCAAUCUGGAAUUUUUUCUAAAUCAUCAAAAUUGAGCAAAUCGUUCACAUUUGGAUCCGAAAAAAAUCAUUCAAACGUUUCAAUUGGUACCACAAUGACCUUCUCAUCUAUUCGAGUUCCACGCCAGUCACCUCGAAAUUCAACACGAAAAUCUGCAAGAAAUAGUUUCUCCUUUUUCGGAAAGCAAUACAUUAAGGGAGAACAAGGCAAAUUGAAAAAUAAUUCAAUUUCGAUAGAUAUUUCAAAUUCGACUAUUCAUGAAAAUAGUAGAGAAUCUAUUUCAAGCGAAGUUGAGCCAUACACCACUGCUCUAGAAGGAAGAAGAUACACCGAAACCGAUUGUCAUGCAACCACCGUCAACAGUAUUGAUCUGUCUUCAACACAAAGACGAGCGACCACAGUGGAGACAACAACUGUGAGUGCUUCUUCCUCUCCUCCCAUUGUAAUUUCCAAACCAACGACCUCCAAUGCAAUUUCUGUACAUAAUCCACUGCCAAGAUCUACUGGAAUAUCUCCAACAUCUCCUUUAGAUAUUCACACAAGCAAUUCGACAUUGAAAACUCCAGAAAAGAAGAAAACUCCAUCGACGGUGUCAUCUAAGGUUAAAGAAUUUUUCUCUUCUAUUGGUCGACGAAAAAAGAAAACUUCCAAUUCUCUGGAUAUGAAUUCAAAUGCUGAACAUUCACCGCCUCGACAAUUGCCACAACCUCCUCAAUUUAAACCAAAUCAAUCGGACACGAUCAACAUUUCUCCUCUCUCCUCAUCUCCAAUAUCUCCUGUGAAAUCGCUUCCUACGACAGAAAUUGUCGUACACAGAGCAAGUAGUUCAAGUAGUUGUUCCCAUGCAGAUGAGCAUUCAUGUGAAGCUAAUGGAAGUCAAAAUAAUCAAUCCUCGACCACUACAAGUACCUCCUUGUCAUCCUCUCCACCUAUUCAGCAGCAACAGCAAAAUCAAGUGACAGAGUCACACCAAGAACCUAUGAGUGGAUCGACUAAUACCAUGGAUCGAGAACUGACUGUAACUAUUACACGAAAAAGUACAGACUCAUCCAUGACAGCUCCUUCCACAUCAGAAACACCAAAAUCACCCAAGUCAAGAAGGUUGUCCAUGAAAAAAUCUCCAAAACGGAAAGAGAUCUUGAGUGUGACGCCAAAUACCUUUAAUGAAAUUGAGGAAAAUUGCAUUUCAUAUCUCAAAAAUUUAAUUGUGGAUUUUAAAACCAGUUCGAUUGCGUUUGCAAAACUGGUUGAAGAAUUAUCGGAAUUUGAAAAUAUUUCAACACCAACGGCGGAUGUUUCAAGUGGAUCAUUAUCAGUUUCAACACCAAAAGGUACAAAAAAUAGAAGACCAACUUCGAUGCAUUACAUUUCAAGAAGUUCAAUCACUUCACCAACUUCGAUGGAUUUAAGUCUUGCAUUUUCUUCUAACUCAUCCACUUGCUCUAACCCUAGUGUUUUUCAUUGUCUCAACGAGAGAGGAUCUAACUUCUCCAUAAUUAUUCUGAGAGAUGUGACCGUUUGUUUAUGGUACAAUUUGAGUCACAGUGGCAAUAACAAACAUACAAGAAAUGCAACAAGUAUCAAUAUUGACACGAGUGCCACUUCUGAAAAUAAUUGCGUAUUAAACAGCAAUCAGAAAAAGCUGCUCUUUGAAGGAGCUUACGAUCAAAAACUGAAAAGUAUUGGAUUUGAUAUUGAAACGAAAUUAAGAGCUGGAUUUGUUUUGAAUAAGCAAUCUUCGAUUCAAAACAAUGGACAAUCUCACAGUUUGAAAACAAGCAGAUCCAUGGAAUUUUCGGCUUUUUUAACACGAUCGAAUAGUCAAGGAGCAUGUAAAUAA